AUGAUCCUUCUCUUACUCCCUCUUCGUUUUUGUGGUUUUAAGCAGUUAUCUUGCAUCGAUUGUGGAAACAUGUUUGGGCGAGAUAGUGUUCAGUGGCAUAAUCAGUGCUUGACCGAAGCUGAGAAAUAUGGUCCAAAGAGACCAUCUAGUGGCACACCAUCAAACCCAAAGGAGAACUCGAAACAACAGAUCAAUUUCGAUAUAAAUGUGGCGUUAUCCAACCGUCCUUCAUGGAUUUGUAGGUACUCACAUCUUUGGCCUUCCUUUCAUUUUCUGUAA